CGCAGCGGCGCGCGCAAAACUGCUGCGUCUGGAAAGGAGCGACUUGUGGUGGUCAAGCGUGAGGGAGGUGGUCCUUCAAUUCUGGGUAGUAAUGGACCUCGCGGCGGCCGCGGAGCCGGGUGCCGGCAGCCAGCACCUGGAGGUUCGUGACGAAGUGGCCGAGAAGUGCCAGAAACUGUUCCUGGACUUCCUGGAAGAGUUCCAGAGCAGUGAUGGAGAAAUUAAGUACUUGCAGUUAGCAGAGGAGCUAAUUCGUCCUGAAAGAAACACUUUGGUUGUGAGUUUUAUGGACCUGGAACAAUUUAACCAGCAACUUUCCACCACCAUUCAAGAAGAGUUCUAUAGAGUUUACCCUUACUUGUGCCGAGCCUUGAAAACCUUCGUCAAAGAUCGUAAAGAGAUACCUCUUGCCAAGGAUUUUUAUGUCGCAUUCCAAGAUCUGCCUACCAGACAUAAUUACAAGAAUUGUGAAAAGAGAUCUCUCCUCAUAUUUGGCAAUUUGUCUUUGGUACAGGUUCGUAUUCAAGAGACUCAAGCUGAGCUUCCUCGAGGAAGUAUUCCCCGCAGUUUGGAAGUAAUCUUGAGGGCAGAAGCCGUGGAGUCGGCUCAAGCUGGUGACAAGUGUGAUUUUACCGGGACGUUGAUUGUUGUGCCUGAUGUCUCCAAGCUUAGCAUACCAGGAGCACGUGCAGAAACUAAUUCCCGUGUCAGUGGUGUUGAUGGAUAUGAAACAGAAGGCAUUCGAGGACUCCGGGCUCUUGGUGUUAGAGACCUUUCUUACAGGCUGGUCUUUCUUGCCUCCAGUGUUGCACCAACCAACCCAAGGUUUGGAGGGAAAGAGCUCAGAGAUGAGGAACAGACAGCUGAGAGCAUUAAGAAUCAAAUGACGGUGAAAGAGUGGGAGAAAGUGUUUGAAAUGAGUCAAGAUAAAAAUCUAUACCACAAUCUUUGUACCAGCCUCUUUCCUACUAUACAUGAGGAAGUCUUUGACUCUGAAAAAGCUGAAGUAUUCCGGAAGAAACUUGAGACCACAAAAUCUCUCAGGGAGCUCCAGGAAGCCCAGAAUGAGCAUUUGAGUACCAGACUACCUCCCAAUAUGAUAAAUACUUGCAUAGCAGUUAACUCUAGGCACGUGGAAGAGUUCAGCCCCAGAGCUGUAUACACCAGUGGCAAAGCAUCCAGUGCUGCUGGCUUAACAGCAGCUGUUGUGAGAGAUGAAGAAUCUCAUGAGUUUGUCAUUGAAGCUGGAGCUUUGAUGUUGGCUGAUAAUGGUGUGUGUUGUAUUGAUGAAUUUGAUAAGAUGGACAUUCGGGAUCAAGUUGCUAUUCAUGAAGCCAUGGAACAACAGACUAUAUCCAUCACGAAAGCAGGAGUGAAGGCUACUCUCAAUGCCAGAACAUCCAUUUUGGCAGCUGCAAAUCCAAUCGGUGGACACUAUGACAGAUCAAAAUCAUUGAAACAGAAUAUAAACUUGUCAGCUCCCAUCAUGUCCCGAUUUGAUCUCUUCUUUAUCCUUGUGGAUGAAUGUAAUGAGGUUACAGAUUAUGCUAUUGCCAGGCGCAUAGUAGACUUACAUUCAAGAAUUGAAGAAUCAAUUGAUCGUGUCUAUUCCCUUGAUGAUAUCAGGAGAUAUCUGCUCUUUGCAAGACAGUUUAAACCCAAGAUUUCCAAAGAGUCAGAGGACUUCAUUGUGGAACAGUAUAAACGUCUCCGCCAGAGGGAUGGUUCUGGUGUAACCAAGUCUUCGUGGAGGAUUACAGUGCGACAACUGGAGAGCAUGAUCCGUCUGUCUGAAGCUAUGGCUCGGAUGCACUGCUGUGAUGAGGUUCAACCUAAACAUGUGAAGGAAGCUUUCCGGUUACUGAAUAAAUCAAUCAUCCGUGUGGAAACACCUGAUGUCAAUCUAGAUCAAGAGGAAGAGAUCCAGAUGGAGGUAGAUGAGGGUCCAGGUGGCAUCAUUGGUCAUGAUGACAGUCCUGCACCUGUAAAUGGAAUCAAUGGCUACAGUGAAGAUAUAAAUCAAGAUUCUGCUCCCAGAGCCUCCCUAAGGCUUGGCUUCUCUGAGUAUUGCCGAAUCUCUAACCUUAUUGUACUUCACCUCAGAAAGAUGGAAGAAGAAGAUGAUGAAUCGGCAUUAAAGAGGAGUGAGCUUGUUAACUGGUACUUGAAGGAAAUUGAAUCAGAAAUAGACUCUGAAGAGGAACUUAUAAAUAAGAAGAGAAUCAUAGAGAAAGUCAUUCAUCGACUGACACACUAUGAUCAUGUUCUAAUUGAGCUCACACAAGCUGGAUUGAAAGGCUCGACAGAGGGAAGUGAGAGCUAUGAAGAAGAUCCUUACUUGGUAGUUAACCCUAACUACUUGCUUGAAGAUUGAAUUAAUAAAGCAAAUGACCAGAACUGAGGAACUGUGGCAUACCACCUUCUGACUUAGAGCCUGGAUGGAGCUCUGCUACAGAAAAAUAUGUUUCUGGAUAUGGAUACUUCAGGAGUUGAGAAACAAAGAACUAAGUUGAUGAUCCUUUGUGUCACAUGUCUGUCACACACUUUUAUUCCAAUCCAUGCCUCAGCACUUUCUUUAAUGUGCUUCUUGUCCUGAUAAAAUUGGGGGCCAGUAAUAAGUGAUUUCUGUAACAUAAAGACGUUUGUUUUUAUGUAUAG